UGUGGUGUAAAUGUAACCUUAUCUUGUCGUUAAUGUGAAUAGAAAAAAGAAAAUAGUGUUACUUGCUCGGGUAAAUUAGAAAUUUUUUCUAUAUUAUUCGAAAACGUAAUAAAAAAAAUGGGGAAAUUAGGACCGCGAUUAAGUAGCCGAAAAAAGGCGAAACGAUGGCCAAAAGGUCAAAGCUCGAGUUCUAAUCCAGAAACAAAAAGGCAUAGAAAACAGGCAGCAUGGAUGUUUUUUAAAGAUCCCACAGAAAAAUCUGGUAUAACAAAAGAGGAUUUACAAAAACAUAAUGCCAUUCAAGAAAUUGAACCCCAGUUUGGGAAACUUGGUCUCGAUGAAAAUAAUUGGGAAAAUUCUACAGAAAAUACUAUUGAUACAUUUGCCACUAAUUAUAGUAAUUGCUCAAAUAUAUCAUUUAGUAGAUUUCUAAAUCAUUUCCAAUCAAAUUCAUUAUUACACAAGGAAAUGUUAGCUGUAUUGUCUGCUAUUACGGAAGUUAUAAAGCAGAAUGGUGGAAGUGAAUCUUCUACAGAAUAUUUUGCUGCAUUGAUGAGCACUUUGGAAGCACUUGAAACAAAUACAUCAAUUGCAGCUACACUAUCAUUAUUAGGUAUGGGAAUAAAAACUGUGCCAAAAAAUGUUUUAAAUAUCCAAUUUGGAGCUGCAAGUAAAAUUUUCUUAGAUAUUCUUGUCCAACAUGCCUCAUCAGAAGAUUACUUAAUACUUCGACAUGGUAUUCAUUGCUUGUCUUUGCUGCUUCGAGUACAAGAGUCAGCAACAUGGUCCAAUUCAUCUACAAUACAAGUAUUAGAUGCUAUUUUGUCAUUUGUUGUGCAUUCAAAACCAAAAGUGAGGAAAUCAGCUCAACAUGGAAUAUGUGCCAUAUUGAAAGGAAGCGAUAUCAUGAAAGGUGAUAAUCCACCACAACAUCAUCCAGCAUCACAACACAUUGCUAAGUACUGUAUUAAUCAGAUACAACUUAGUUUUGAAUCUGGUGGUGUUACAACGGUUCUUCACAUCCUUACAUUACUAAAAGAUAUUUUUCAUCAUUUUCCAAAAGCCCACGUGAAGACAAUUAGUGAAUCUUUGUUGAAACUUAUGACAUUAAAAAACGUAUUGUUAACUUCAUGCUGUUUACAAGCUUUUCAUGGUUUAUUUGUCUCUCGACCAUCAGAAGCUACUUUACCAGCACAAAGAAAUGCACAAAUUAUUACUGCCUUUUAUGAUUAUCAACCUCCAGCAACAGAUACACAACCAACUUUAGCAUGGUUAACUGUUAUGCAAGAAGCACAUUUGAAUCUAGUAAACUCUUCAGUGAAUUUAUGUGCAGCUAUUUUAACAAAAAUGUUAGAAACAUGUAUGCAGUUGUGGCUUUCGGAUAGGUCAGAAGUUAUAUCUGGUAGCUCACAUACAAUGAAAAUAUUAUUCCAGGAUUGUAUUGGUAAAAUGUGUGAAAAUGAAGAAACAAUUGCAAAAUAUAAAGACAUUAUUGAUCAGAUAACUUUACUGAUGCACAAAGCUUUGAGCUAUCAAUAUUUAGAAGCAUGGUAUCACAUUCUCCAUUUAAUAGCCUUACUUUUUGAGAUAGCUGGUAAAGCAAAAAGUCCAUACUUUAUAGACAUAUUAAGAAGUCUAGCCGAUUUACGGGAUUCUUAUAAUUUUACAUCAAAAAGCGAUGUUGAAUACGCUAUUGGUGCUGCGAUAAAAAUUUUAGGACCAGAUAGAAUAUUAAAUUUAAUUCCAUUGAAAGUAUCAGAAAAUACAAUUAAUUUAAAAAGAGCUUGGUUACUACCAGUAUUGAAGUACAGUUUACCAGGUGGAUCUCUUAUCUUUUUUGUGGAAAAAUUAUUACCUAUCGCCGCAUUGUGUGAGAAAAAAGUGAAUGAACCUGCAGGAGGUAAAGCUUACGAACUUCUCAUUUGCCAAGUCUGGGCUAUUUUACCAAGUAUAUGUAACAAUGCUACCGAUGUAAAAGAUAAUUUCAAAAAUAUUGCUAAAAUAUUGGGAACAACUUUCACUGAACAAAAAAAUUUGAGGCUAUCGAUAAUGUCUGCCUUACGAAAAUUAAUAAUAAAAGCAGUCGAAGAUGAUAAAAAAGAAGAUGCAUUUGAACUGGCUAAAUUUGCAAAAAAUUAUCUGCCGUUAUUUUUAAAUGUAUAUAUUACUAAACCAUGUGGUACUGAUGAAGAAGGACAACGCGCCGCUGCAUUUGAUACGAUAAAGGUUUAUCUUACAAUAACAAACGAGGAUUUAAUACACGAACUAUUUGAUCGUGCGCUAUGUAAAUUUAAUGAACCUAAUGAUGACGACUUUUUUAAAGAAAGCAUUUACGAUAUAAUAAGACUAUUAACUACAUAUGCUGAUACCGAUAGAUUGAAAAUGUUUUACGAUAUGUGUAUACCGAUUCUUAAAGAAAGUUCUAAAGUUAAAGAACAGAAAAAAGCAUAUAGAUUUUUAGAAGAAAUAUGUAGCAGUGAAAAGCCAGUGUGUAAAUCGUUUAUAGUUCAACAUAGGCGUGAAAUGCAGAAGCUAUUAAUAUCUGCUGCCACUCAGGUAGCAAAACCAAGUAGAGGAACUCGAUUAAGAUGCUUAAUGAAUCUAGUUAAAGUUCACCCACAACUUGAGAAAACUAAAUUCUUAGAGGCUAUAGUUCCUGAAGCAGUCAUUUAUUUAAAAGAUAUAAAUACAAAAUGUCGAACGACUGCAUAUCAAUUAUUAAAUAGCAUUGCCGAGAAAUUUUUAGAAAAUCCUACACAUCUUAAAGAUUAUACCACUAUGCUAAUGGUGGGUUUAAGUGGUGUACAAAAAUACUGUACCGCAUCUAUGCUAGCACUUGCCUCUGUCACUUUCCAUUAUAAUGGAUCUCUAGGCGUGGACACAGUUAAAGAAAUUUUGGAACAUGCAUGUAAACUUGUUACAAGUCCUACAAGAGAGAUUGUAGAAGCUGCAUUAUCAUAUAUUAAGGUUUAUAUUACUGUGAUGCCAUCUCCUAUCGUUGCUUCGACGUUAACUAAAUUGAUAGAUGCUUUAUGUGGAAUGAACAAUGAUUGUCAUAGACAUUUUAGGCACAAAGUGCGCGAUAUUUUAGUAAAAUUAUUAAGAAAAUAUGGAAUGGAAACAAUUUCUAUGAUGAUUCCAGCCUCUAACAUAAUUUUGCAUAAGAGGUUGAAAAAUAUGAAUAAAAUAGAAGAGGCAAAGAAAAAGAACAGAGAAUUGAGGAAAUCAAGAGAACAAGAAACAGAUGAAGAUGGUGAAUUUAGUGUAAAGAGAAGGCCUAAAACUAUGGAAGAAAUAUUGGCAGAUAGUGAAGAUGAAUUCGAAGGUAUAGAAAACGAAGAGCCAAGGAAAAACAAGAAAAGAACAUCACGAAAGGAAGCUUGGAUUCAAGAAAAUGAGGAAAUUAUUGAUCUCAUUGAUCCUGCGGCUACUAGAAAUAUUUCAACAACACAACCUGAAAGCUUAAGUUCUAAAACAAUUGCAAAACCAAAGGAUCGUGGAUUUAAAACUGCAGCAGACGGCCGUCUUAUUAUUACGUUGGAUAAUGAAAAAUAUGUUGACACAGAAAAUAAAAGAAAAAAGAAGUCGCUUUUGUUGCAUAGUGAUUCAGAGGACGAUUAUGAAGAUGAUGAUGAUGAUGAUCUUCAGUCUACAGUCACAUCGCAAACAUUGAAUAAGAAACGUAAAUUCAGCGAUAAUUUCGAUAACAAUAGCGUAAAAAGUGGAAGCACGUCAAAAUAUCAAGCUGGAGGGUCAGGAAUACAUCGUUCAUUGAAAAGAGCAAGAACAGAAUACAAACCAGGAGCAGAAUACAAAGCAAAAAAAGCUGGAGGUGAUAUUAAAAAGAAGGGUAAACCAGAUCCAUAUGCUUAUAUACCUUUGUCAAGAGCAUCAUUAAAUAAAAGGCAAAAGAAGAAUGCAAGUAAAUUUCGAGAUAUUAUUAAAGGAGCAAAGAAAGGAGCAAAAAUUGAAAUGAAAAAUAAGAGAAAGUAA